AUGUCGAGCCCGGGAUUUGGAUUUCAUCCUGACGAUGAUUCUUCAGUGCCUUUAUCUCAGAGAGCCGCAGAUGGAAAAUUUCAGCCGUUGAUUGGAACUGCCACGGAGAACACGUACAACCAACAAGGGGAGAGACAAGCACGGCUUUCAAAAGAGGCCCUGCUCUACUAUUUAGCAGCAGCACUCACCGUCGCCAUACCCAUAAUCGCCCUUGUGAUCUGGCUUGGAUUAAAUGCGGAUAAAUACACCGCUCGCGGAUGGUCAUCGAUUCACGGCGCCGCGAUCGGUGGCCGUUUGACUCAAGCGGAGGCCAAAGCCAUUGACUUCUUCAGCAGUGCCUUUAUUGCACCGCUAAUCCUGGCGGCUUUCAACUAUAUCUGGUUCUCUUGUGCACGUGUUGCGGCGGUGAACGAAUUUCGGGCCCGAAAAGAUGGUGUGCCGCUGGCGUCGCUGGUGGAAGCGAGCAGCACCACCGGUGGAUCCUAUGACAUCCUCAAACUGAGGGUUUUCUUAUCUGCGAGAACGAGAAGACUGAUGUGUCUUGGAUUCCUGGUAUUUUUCUCAGGCCUUGCGAAGUCGGCCCUGGGAAAUGUCAUUGCAUACGAGGCUUUCACCGAGACGGCGGCAGGUCAAAGUCCACCUCUCAGAUUGUUGAGCGACAGCGUGAUCGCGGCGUCCACUCCCUUUGCUUCAUCCACUUUCUCGGGCACGUACGACUACAGCGUACAACAACAAGCAACCUUUGCGAACGAGUUUACUGGAAUGAUGACCGGGGUCAGUCUGCAAAAUGCUAGAUCCAAACUGGACAACCAAACUUAUGUUAUGGUGAAUGCCACCGCCGCCUCAUUGAACUCUCUCCCUCAGUCUGUCCUCGAGCUUCAAGAUGUUCCUGGCCGGCGAUGGUCGGUCGAAUGCUCCAACUGGCGUCCUGAUAUAUUCAGUGUGUCCCAAACGGGCGUGAGGACGGUCACGAUGAGCAUGACACGGGGCCAGAACGAUCUUAUGACAGGCAUGUAUCCCGGAGAUAUUGGGACACUUCAAGAUGCCUACAAUAAUGUAUAUCCAUUUAUGGCGUUCAACUUUACUGGAUCGGCCGCAUAUCUGGGAUAUCUGACAAGCUUCAAUCUCAGUGAUGACCGCUAUGACUCUCCGUACGGGACGAUUACCCCGCUCGCUGUGAACAUGACGGCCUUCGGCUUCAACGGGACCAAACAAAUCAUGUCUGUCUGGGGUAUCUAUUGCUGGAUCCAUCAACAGAACGGCUCGCUACAUUUGUCUAGAGCUCCAGACGGUUCGUGGUCGGUAAACUCAUCCCAGUGGAUAGACAAGAAGUCUCAGGUCCAGUCUUUGCGACUCCAGCAAUUGCAACUCAGUCUCAACUACAAUGCUCCCGAUGUGACCAUUCCUGGACUGGGACCAGCACUGGCCGGAUCCGCGACGGAAGCCGCCACCGACUCGACCGGGACUGACUCGCCUGAUUACAAAACGCUGGCCCUCAAUUUUCUCUAUGCCAGUGGUGAAGCGGAAAGAAUAGCCUACGAAGUUGCUGCCACGAAUUCCUCACGCAGUCAACCUGACUUUUUCUACAAUGUAACCACGGUGGAAGAUGUCUUGCAUUAUCGGAUGACCUAUGUGCCACUGAUCUUGUGGAUUGGGUUAGCGUCUUUGUUGGUGGCAGCAAUUAUUACUGGCGGAAUGGUUCUUUAUACCUGGACAAGCUUCAGCGGCCGAAUUUUCCGUCAAGUGGAUGUUUCAAGGCUUCUUGUUGAUUGCAUGGCCGCCUUGAAAGAUCGGGAUCAGUAUGAGACUGCUCGAUCAGGUUCGAAUGAUGAAAUAGAGGACUGGACACGGAGUUAUCGGGUAAGAUACUCAGAGAGCUAUGGAGAGGGAGAUCCCAAGGUGAUUUUGCAGCAUGUAGAGCUUAUCUGA